GCACAGCACAUCAACAUGUUUGCUAAAGUCGCAAUCAUCAGCAUUGUCGCGGCAAUCUGUCACGCUGCUCUUCUAGUAGACGACAAUCACCACGCUGUUUCAUCGCAGAGCAUCGUCCGACAUGAGCCACACCAAAUUGAUACUCACUUCGCGGCUCCAGUCUUUCACGCUCCUGUUGUACACGCUGCCCCUGUCCUCCACUCUGCCCCCCUUGCCCAUGCCACGCCCGUGGUCCAUCAUUCUGUACCACUGGUACAUGCAGCACCUGUUGUACAACAUGUAGGACCUGUUGCUAUUGGACAAGCCCACCGUGUUGAAGAAGAGCAGGCCCCUGCCCAUUAUGAAUUCUCGUACUCCGUCGAAGACCCUCAUACUGGUGAUCACAAGUCCCACCGCGAGUCCCGCGAAGGCGAUGUUGUGAAAGGCGAAUACUCCCUGCUGCAACCUGACGGCUCUAUUCGAAAAGUUGAAUACACUGCUGACGACCAUAAUGGAUUCAACGCGAUAGUACACAACACUGCCCCCAACGCACAAGCUGCUCCCCCUGCUCCCCCAGUUCACGCUACCCCUAUAGUCCACUCAGGUCCCGUAGUCCAUGCUGUACCCAUACUGGCCCACCAUCAUUAAAUUUACAACAAUAUUGCGACUGUAAUAAGAUAUUAAUUUAAAUAAACUACUAGUUAUAUUCAUACUC